AUGUCUUAUCCUCAGUACGAUAAUGAGUAUCUGUACGACGAAUAUUAUUUUCAACCUCCAAGAAAUACUUAUGUGGCUAAUUUCAUACCACAAGCAGAUUUUUAUAAUUGGCCAGCAACAGAUGGACUAUGUGGCUCAACGCAACCGAUUGCGAUGGAAUUACCACAGUGGCGAGAUUCGUCAUUCAAGGUGGAUUCAACAGUGGUGCAUCAAAUGAAUGUGGUAUCACCGAAUAUUUUCGACGUGAAUGUCGAACAGUCACGAAUGCAACAUACAUGUCCAAGCUGCCAUAAACAGUACUGUCGCAAAAGCACUCUGAAAGCGCACAUGAAGCAGCAUCUUGGUCAUAAGCCCUUCUCAUGCCAGGUAUUUUCACAAAUUUGGUUCACUUUCUUAACGCAACAAUGUUCAUUCGUUUAUCAUAAACAAAUUGCUUUUGAAUCGAAUAAUUGUUACUUUGAAAGACAGGUAUGCGGUAAAAGUUUUUCGCAAGCAGCCAAUCUGACAGCACACAAGCGAGUGCAUACAGGUGAAAAGCCAUUCUCUUGUCCAAUCUGCUUACGUCCAUUUUCGCAGAGUUCCUCAUUGGUUACACAUAAACGGACGCACACCGGUGAAAGACCAUAUCCAUGCGCUCAUUGCGAUAAAGCAUUCACUGACAGUUCAACACUCACUAAACAUCUUCGAACACACACAGGUCAAAAGCCGUACAAUUGCCACCUGUGCAUGAUGCGUUUCACGCAGUCGGGCAAUCUGCAUCGCCACAUGAAAACACAUCGCAGUGAUUUUAAUUAA